UCACGGUAGCGUUAACAAAUCCACCGGUUCACCCGGUCCGGGAGGAAAGUGUGAAUCUCACUCUCGAUUGUGCAUUUCCUGGUGCAAGAGACACACAACAAAACUCCCCAUUUUUUUUUCCGUCUCCUUCUUCCCCGCGAGCCUGUUUACAACGCAGCCACUUGCAGUUUAGUUCAGGUUCCUUCUUUUGCGUUGGUGCAAAUGUCUGUCCCCUCCCUGGGAACUUUACAAAGAAAAAUCUGAAUUUUAUUUUUGUGCCUAGGUGGAACUUUAAAAAAAAACCCAACAACCCUCUUUUUUUCGUGCUAUUCGAGAUGGGUUGUAGGAAAUCGACCAUUUGAAUGUUUGGUGCUGUUGUUGCAAACGUCAGAAGAGGAUUGUUGCAAAUGUAAGCUGUUUUUUUCCCCUCCUUUCUCUUUCCCUGUCUCUCCUUUUCCCUCCUCCUCCUCCUCUUCUUUUGGCUACAGUGUUGCAAAAGCAAAGAGCAAUAAACGCGCACACACACACACAGAGACAGACAGACACACAGCCCCGUAAGAGCCCGAAGAGAGAGUUAAAAGAGAGGAGAGGAGAACGGUUUCUCUGACAAUUCCGUUUAGGGAGCAGAUGGAAAAGUGGAGACUUGUGAAGGGCUGUGAGGUUGGCUAAGGAUCCAGGAGCGAAAAGAGCCCGGCUGAUUGGAAGAAAAAAGCAGAGAGAUGGAGGCGGGGGAAGUGCAAUCUCUCUGCGGGGACUGGAGCGAGUCCACGCCCGGGGCCAGCGCUGCAGAGCUGGCCAGCAUUCAACCAGCGCUCCCCAGCUAAAAGCACCCAAAAAAAGCAGCCCCCAAGUUCCUUCUUCAGCCUGGCUGAUUUGCAGAGUGAAGCGUGGUUGAUUUAAGGUAGAUUGAGAGACAGCAGGAGAGACCCAAAAGGGAUCGCCCUUGGGUCAGACAGGUGGAGAAUGAACGGAGAAGCAGAUUGCCCUACAGACUUGGAAAUGACAGCUCCCAAGAACCAAGACCUGUGGUCCCAGGAGGACAUGCUGACCCUGCUGGAGUGCAUGAAAGGCAACCUGCCCUCCAACGACGGCAGCAAAUUCAAAACCACCGAGUCCCAUCUGGACUGGGACAAAGUGGCCUUCAAGGACUUCUCUGGCGAGAUGUGCAAGAUGAAGUGGAUGGAGAUCUCCACCGAGGUGAGGAAAUUCCGAACGCUGACGGAGCUGAUCAUGGAUGCUGAGGAACACGUAAAGAAUCCUUACAAGGGCAAAAAGCUCAAGAAACACCCCGAUUUCCCCAAGAAGCCCCUGACACCCUACUUCCGCUUCUUCAUGGAGAAACGAGCCAAGUACGCCAAGCUGCACCCUGAAAUGAGCAACCUGGAUCUGACCAAAAUCCUGUCCAAGAAAUACAAGGAGCUCCCUGAAAAGAAGAAGACGAAAUACAUCCAGGACUUCCAGCGGGAGAAGCAGGAGUUUGAGCGGAACCUGGCAAGAUUCAGGGAAGACCACCCAGAUCUUAUUCAGAACGCCAAGAAGUCGGACAUCCCGGAGAAACCCAAGACCCCACAGCAGCUGUGGUACAAUCACGAGAAGAAAAUCUACCUGAAAGUGCGCCCGGAUGCCACCACGAAGGAGGUGAAGGACGCGUUGGGCAAGCAGUGGUCUCAACUCUCCGACAAAAAGAGGCUGAAAUGGAUUCAUAAGGCCCUGGAACAGCGAAAGGAGUACGAGGAGAUCAUGCGGGAUUACAUCCAGAAGCACCCGGAGAUGAACCUCGAGGAAGGCGUCACACGCUCCACCCUCACCAAGGCAGAACGCCAGCUCAAGGACAAGUUUGACGGGCGACCCACCAAGCCCCCUCCGAACAGCUACUCUCUGUACUGUGCGGAGCUGAUGGCCAACAUGAAGGACGUCCCCAGCACGGAGCGGAUGGUGCUGUGCAGCCAGCAGUGGAAGCUGCUUUCCCAGAAGGAGAAGGACGCGUACCACAAAAAGUGUGAUCAGAGGAAGAAAGAUUACGAAAUCGAACUCUUUCGCUUCCUGGAGAGCCUGCCCGAGGAGGAACAGCAGAGGGUGCUGGGGGAAGAGAAGAUGCUGGGAGCGAACAAGAAAGGUGCCACCAGCCCAGCUUCCAAAAAGUCAUCGCCGGACACUGGCAAGGCAGGUUCUGAGAAACCCAAACGGCCCAUUUCUGCUAUGUUUAUCUUCUCGGAGGAGAAGCGAAAGCAGCUGCAGGAAGAGCGACCUGAGCUUUCCGAGAGCGAACUGACCCGGCUGCUGGCGCGGAUGUGGAACGACCUUUCAGAGAAGAAGAAGGCCAAGUACAAAGCCCGGGAGGCGGCCAUGAAGGCGCAGUCGGAGAAGAAGCACGGCUCCGACAAGGAGGAGCGCGCCAAGCUGCCCGAGUCGCCCAAGACGGCCGAGGAGAUCUGGCAGCAGAGCGUCAUCGGAGACUACCUGGCUCGCUUCAAGAACGACCGGGGGAAGGCGUUGAAGGCCAUGGAGGCCACUUGGAACAACAUGGAGAAGAAGGAGAAGCUGAUGUGGAUAAAGAAGGCGGCCGAGGACCAGAAGCGCUACGAGAGAGAGCUGAGUGAGAUGAGGGCCCCCCCGUGCUCUGCAAACGCCUCAAAGAAGAUGAAAUUCCAGGGAGAGCCGAAGAAACCCCCCAUGAACGGUUACCAGAAGUUCUCCCAGGAGCUGCUAUCGAACGGCGAGCUCAACCACCUGCCGCUGAAGGAGCGGAUGGUGGAGAUCGGCAGCCGCUGGCAGCGCAUCUCCCCGGGCCAGAAGGACUAUUACAAGAAGAUGGCUGAGGAGCAGCAGAAGCAGUACAAGAUGCACCUGGAAAUCUGGCUCAAGAGCCUGUCACCGCAGGAGCGAGCUGCCUACAAAGAGCACACCUCAAAUAAGCGCAAGAGCAUGGGGAAGGUGCGGGGACCGAACCCCAAAAUGAAGCCCGCCAUGCAGAUCAAAUUGGAGUCCGAGGAGGAGGAUGACGAUGAGGAGGAGGAGGAGGAAGAGGAUGACGAUGACGACGACGAUGACGACAACGGGGACUCGUCCGAGGAAGGCGGGGACUCAUCGGAGUCAAGCAGCGAGGAGGAGAGCGAGGAUGGGGAUGAGAAUGAGGACGACGACGAAGAGGACGACGACGAAGAGGAAGAUGACAAUGACUCCGAGGGCAGCAGCAGCUCCUCCUCUUCCUCGGGCGAUUCCUCCGACUCGGACUCCAACUGAAAUGCCCACAGCGCCACCUUCUUGCCGGACUUUCAGUAAUUCCCCACCCCACCCUGACCAGGAAUAUCCCGGCUGGAGAUCUGGGUUGAUGGUUGCAGGGAGGGGGAUGGGAAAAUCACUGUGGCUAAUUUUUCCCCCCCCUCCCUCUUAAAGAAUUUCACACUAAUGGGGGGUGAGGGGCAGCUGAUAAAAGGCUUUGUUUUAGGGGGGAAAGAAGGGGAUAUUCUGUGUUGUUUUUCCCCAUAGAGUUUGCAUUCGAUUCUUUAUUUUAUUUUUGUUUUUUGGAGAAGGAGGGGGAUUUUUACCCCUCGGAGUCCCCCAGCUGCCCCCGCCUUCCCCUUCAACUUCCAGCUACCCCCUCCGGACUUUAUACAACCCCCCUCUCACAAAAAUCCUUUUUAAAACAACAACAAAACAGCGACAAAAAUGUUGUGGCAAGAGGCGCAGAGCGUUGUUCCGGCGGUGCGCGGGCCGAGCGGCUCAGGACUCGGCCGUCGGGACGAUCUCCCCCUUUGCCUCUCCAGCCGGAGGAGGGGGACGGUCUUGUACAGUCUGAAGCUGCACCCGGAGCUCCUGGAGAGCAAAGUCCCACUGCACUUAAGAGCUCCUGGAAUGAACUUACCACGCAGCAUUUCCCUCUGGGGACGGGGGAGAAUUUUUUUGUGUGUGUGUGUUUGGGGUGGGGUGGGGGGUGGGUGGGGGGAGUUUAAAAAGAUGUUGCCCAGUUUCAGGGGCGGGAAGGGCUGGCACUGGGGUGGGGGAGUUAGGGGGCUGUUACAGAGCAUACCAUUGGGAGCUGAUCAUUGCAUCGCCCAAAGGAAACAUGGUUGAUCCGGCGUAUUCAACCAGCAUUUGGGCAAAGAUGGUGGCAGGCGGAUCCCAGAUUUGAAUUUUUUUUUUUUUUAAAUUUUUUUUUUUUACAAUGAAGUGACCAAUUAUUGUACUGGAACGGGGCAUUUGUCAGCUGGGAGGGGGCGGGCACGGGAGCAGGGUUCGGCUGCAGGGAGAGAUCAUCUGUGUCGGUGGUUGUCGUGUUGUUGUAUUAUUUUUUUUUCUUUUAUAAAGCGAGAAAGAUCCAUCUUUUUAUAAUCAAAAUCUCUGUCUCUGGCUAGCUGCACGGCUUGGCUUCGCGCCCCCAACAUGAGCGGCGCCAACGUCAGGUCGGUGUGCAGAUUGUUUUUGGGGGUGGGGAGGUGGGCGCGAUUGGCACAAACUUCCCAGCGGGCAUCAGCCCUGCCUAGAGAAGCGUGUGUCUGGAAUAGGGGCGGGAUGGUGCUUGCCAAAGGAGCCCAGCUGUGCCAUCCCGUUCCAAAGCCGGGCUGCCACAUUGGUUGUGAUAGAGGUGGGGCCACGCCCACCAAUCUCACACCUCCGGGGCCCAUCUGCCCAAUCUGUUUUGCUACCAGCUCCGAUGAUACUGCUCAGAUUAUUAUUAUUUUUUUUUUUUUAAGGAACAUUGGGGAAACUUGAUCCAAAAAAACCUAUCCGUAGACCCAAGCGGCUGAGAUCUGAGCUCCCAGGAAGCUGCGGCUUCUAGGACAGGAUUCUCAGCUACGCAUAUAUCUAUAUUAGUAUAUAACGGGCUAUAUAUGAAUAUAUAGACUGGUAUCAAUAUCCCCUUUCCGGUGGAGAGCUGUGACUAGCGUUUCAUCCCUGUCCGUAGGAGGUUUUUAAACGGGUGUGUAAGUGGUUCUGAAAAUAACCCAUGCGUGUGUGUGUGUCACCACAAAGGCCCUGCUGCCUUCCGCGUCCAUUCUCUGGGUCACUGGCUGUUACAGAUCAGAGAGUGACCUCGCCCCCACAUGUCAGUGGGUCCCAGUUCCUUGCACCUUUCCACUGGGCGAGGCUGGGGCGCUUUCACCCAGAGAGCGUGGGAGUAGAAAGUGACUGAGACGGGGGAAGAAAAAUCCAGUGUUUAAAUAAUGUUGGUGUCUUUUUUUCCGUGAGGGGUGGAUACAUUUGGGCAGCAGGCGUCCGGGCCAUCUGCCCCACCCCCCUGCUCCUGCCCCCUUUCUGCAAAAUCCACCACUGAUUGGAAGAGAUGGCUCCGUUUCUGGGAUUUUGUUCCUGCCAGGUUUUUGUUACGGCCAGUGAAUGCAAGGACAGUGUUUCUCGGACUAGACUCUGGGACUAGACUCCCCCUCCUUCACCCCUCGCCCUUUAUGCAUUCACAGCACCAGCAAUUUCAUCUCUCACCUUGCUGCAUUCUGGUCCCCCCCAGCCCCCAAUGUAGACUGGGGAGCCCAACUUACUAAGAGACACUUGAGGAAAACAAAACUGGGUCCCCAUGACUCCCCCCACCCCGCUUAAAGCCCUGCCCUUCCCUCCUCACCCAACAACUCUUCACCACUUCCUCUCCCCAGCACCAGGCAGGGCGACGGUGACAGUAUUGAGCAGUAACAGAUCCAAGCAGCGGGUCGGGGUGUUGCUGUCACGUUUUUUUCCCCCUCCAAGGGCACGAUCUCCCCUGACGCGCCGCCUGCUCCCAAAGCAAAGCUCCGGUGAGCGCGGAAAGCGGGGCCGUGUGGAACAGGAAUUCUGGGCUCUCACUUCCUUUCCUGUUUGUAUGUUUCAAGGAUUUAGGGAGCCCUUCCCCCGUGUUUUGUAUCGGGCAUAGCCGAAUCUCAUCAGAGUAUUAGGGAGUCUCUUCUCCCCCUGUCACAGUCUGAAUUGAGGGGCUGGAGGCGGGGCCCACAAAUGUGAUGAGUUUGUUGUUGUAGAGAAAAUUAGUGCCGCCUCAGAGGGGUGAAGCUCCCGGCAGGGUGUCAGUGGGGGUUGUGGCAGGCAGCGGGUACGGAUUUUAGCAGCAUGUGUUGGGAGGGGUGUCAGGUUUGGGGGCCACAGAGGGGUAUGGGCAGAGCAGGGAAUGGCUGGAUUUGGGAGGCCUGGAUAUCUAGCCGCGGGGGGGGAGAGUUGGAGCAGAUUUUGGGGAACUGGUUGGGGUUGCUGCUCCUUGGACUGUAUCCACAUGACUCAUCCCCCUGUUUUCCAUCGCAGCCCUCCUCCCUCCCCCGCUUCUCCCAGACGAGCAUGGGGGUGGGGUGAGCCCCCUCUUGGUUGACUUUAGGCCUGUCUGUCCCCCUCUUGCCCCCCCAGUAUAGCGUGCGUGGGGCUACUCAACUAUCCUGUGCGCUAGGAUUUGGAUUCCACAACGGGUCAGGGUGGAGAUGGUGUGCUGGGGACACCACCCCUAACCGCCCCCCACGUCCUGUGAAGAGAGGGCAGCGGCCGUGGGUUGUGUGUGUCGAAUCAGGUCUCCGCUGGGUGAGGGGGGCUUUAUAUGG